AUGCAGAUUUGCCAAAUCACAGUCAAAGGAAUGUAUCCAAGGAGUUACCUUUUCUUGCUGAAUAAUGAUGGACCUUCAGACCAACUAAUUAUCUUCAAAAAGCAUAUCCAGUUGGUUACUCUGGCUACAGCAACUCUCGCGAUGGAAUGGAGGCCUCUUCUGUCUUUUCUAAGUAAGACUGAUAGGAGUGUCAGACAAUCAAGAGGAAGACCAAAGAAAUUGGUGAUGUCUAACUCUAAAGAAAUCGGUCUACGAUACGAGAGACUUGUCAGACGACGUCUCCAAAAAGGAGGAUUUUGGGCUCAUAGAUUGAGUUCCGAUCCGAGAGAUGGAGGGGAUGGUGGAGUUGAUAUUAUUGCGGUUUAUAAAAAAGUCUUGUUUGUUAUCCAAUGCAAGAAUCACGGAAGAGGAGUUGAGCCCGGAGCUAUUAGAGAAUUAGAAGGAGUACUUGCAGGAUACCCUAUGGGUACUGUUGGAGUUCUAGUGGCUCCUAAAUUUGGGGCGGGAUGA